AUGUCCCAGUCCUUGGCAAGUGAAGUUAAUACAGUUAGGAUUGCCCAAUAUUGUAACGAGUACCCAUUUGCAUUCAACAGUAACCAGAAAGAUCAGAACAUUCAAUGUGACAUUAUUGUGGACGACAGUCGAUUCCUGAAAGAUCCCUAUUCAUUACCACUAAGGGAUCGGCUGUCUUGGCAUCUAAAGCAAUUUGCUGAUAAAACUUCGAGUCACGGAAUCCCUUGGGUUGUGGAAGCGCCGAAUGGAGUUUACAGGUAAUGUUUGACCCGUUAUUACAUAAACAUAUUGUAGAACUAUCUGGGUGUUCUUACUAAGCUUCUGUCUGAUUAUGUUUAUAUUCCAAGCCAACAGUGUUAUUGCCAAGUACCGAAGGAACGAAAAGAUUACAAGCAUUCAGCUGAAAUUUGAGACAGGUAAGUCAAUUCUAUUAGUUGUAGAAUGCACCGACACUUGCGGGCAACCAUGUGUGGCCAUUUUUUACUCCAUCUCAAACCCGCCGGAUUUAUCCCAAAGUUGACUUUGGACUAAAUUACGGUUGAGCUUGUCAACCAAAAAAAAAUGCGCAGAAACAUUGCACCGCAAAUUGUAAUAUAUAGAAGCAUUUAACUUGCACUUUUCAUUUCCUUUAAAGGGUGUUUUCAGCUCCAUUCCCAGCCAUAACCUUAUGUAAUCUGAAUCCAUACAAAGACUCACUGUUGAAAGAUGUUGAUGCCAUAAAGAAAAUCGUAAGAAUACUCUGAUUUUCGUAUAAAUACUGUAGCUUGAUGUAUAUCACAGUGUUCUGGAGCAAGCGGGCAAAACAAAUCGGGCCAGAAAGAAGAGCCGAGUCAGCAGACCCAAAAGAUUCCUCGAUUCUAUCAUGAAUUCUGAAGUAAAACGGCAAAAACGACAACAAAACCAUGGAUUCGAGGCUUCUUUCGCCAAGUGUAAUUGUGAUCAAAAGGAGGAUAGCAUUUCGUAAGUAAUAAAUAUUAAUUAAAAUUUGAUUUCAUGUAGUUGCCAGACCAUAGUAAAAGAGCAACCAAACUCCGUUGAGGACACUUGUAUGUGUGCAUUUGAUCGAGAAACAGAAGAUGCUUGGCCAUGUUAUCCUCACAAGUAUUGGGAAAUAAAUAGUUGUGGAUAUUGCGAUGAAACAGGGCAUUGCCAUCUUGAAGCCAAAGAGGGAAUAGUUAAUAUGAAUGUAAAAUGUCUCUGCCAAAAGAUUGAGCCUUUCUGUAUGCGUUAUAAAAUGGAUCAAGACGUCUUGAAAUUAUGGGAAUUCUAUGGAAAACUCCUUUUAAAUCCAUCCAGGAUUGAUGAAGAUGCGAUUAUCGAAGCCUUGGGAUUCAAGGCAUGUAAUAGAAAUCUUUUUAUUGUUAGCGAUUUAAAUGGAAGUUGACGUGUCUAUGAGUACGGUAUUUUUAGAAUAUGACAGAUGAGGUGGCGAUUGUGACCAAGGCCCGAGAGAAUAUUAUUUUUGCCAUGGCUGAAUUAAGUGAACGUCAACGAGAAGCGUUGUCAAUCCAGAAGAGUCAGCUUAUCCAUAAAUGUAGCUUCAAUGGGGCAGCUUGUGAUAUUGACAAGUAAUCUUCAAGAAAUAAUUUAAUUAAUUGUCAUCCAGGGACUUCAUCAAUGCCGCUGAUCCAACCUUUGGCAAUUGCUUUGUUUUUAAUCACAACAGAACUGAUCCCAAAGUCAGUGUGAGGGCUGGGGCUAAUUAUGGUGAGAAUACACAAAUCCAUUAGCAUGUCUGUUCCUUGAUGUUCUACUUGACUUAUUAAUCAUCUUUCCAGGCCUGCGAGUUCUUGUUUUCGUAAAUACUACAGAAUAUCUUCCAACCACAGAGGCCGUUGGAAUCCGCCUAACGAUCCACGAUGCAGAUGAGUAUCCAUUCCCUGAAACAGCUGGUUACAGUGCCCCUACCGGUUAUAUUUCUUCAUUUGGAGUUCAAUUGGCCAGAAUAUCUCGAUUGCCAGAACCAUAUGGAAAAUGUGUGCCCUCAGGCGUUGAUCAGAAAUAUAUUUAUCAAGGUUACAAAUAUUCUUUGGAGGUGAGGAUUAAUCGGAACAGGACCACUUUACAGUUAUGUUAAAUUAAAUUAGAAGAAAGUGUAUUUUAGGGCUGUUACCGUACCUGUUUCCAAGACGAAGCCGUUUCGCGCUGUGGCUGCGGAGAUCCCAGAUUCCCCGUAAUCAAUGCGAAACAUUGCCAAGUCUUUGACCCUGUGGCCAGAAAAUGUUUGGACACAAUUGCCCAAGAACUGAGUGUAGUAGACCCUGAGGCAUUGAAGUGUGUUUGUGAACAGCCUUGUGAACAACCGUCCUAUAAAGUAUCUUAUUCUUGUGCCAACUGGCCAAGCGGAUCGUUAAAUAUUUCCGUUGGAAAAUGUGAUUUACCUCCAAACGAAUGUAAUGAGUAUUAUGCAGAGAACGGGGCUAUGAUUGAAGUGUUUUACGAAGCGCUGAAUUAUGAAGUAUUAAGCGAGACAGAAGCUUACGGAGUAAGUGGUGAAAAAAAAUUAAUUAUUCUUGUUUCAGCUAGUCAAAAUGAUGGCUGACUUUGGUGGUCAACUUGGUCUCUGGUCAGGCGUCAGUGUGAUGACUUGUUGUGAACUUGUUUUUCUUCUCAUAGAGGUCAUUUAUAUGCUUCUUGAACACCAUCGUCGAGUUGUUCACAAAAAAUUGACCGAAUUCCGCCCUAAGGGGGACUGGGACUUUUAAUCGGGCCUAUUCGUUUUAAUUGCUGAUUGUUUUGAAAAUAAAUGGAAAAGGUCGCAAAUAGAAUUCCCUUACAAUUACAUUGGCAUCGCUCCCAAUUCGCUAUAAAACGGGUCUUCCAGAAUGAAGCGGCUCGAUUUUUAAUCGCCAUUAAUGGAUUGGCCACUCAGAGGAUAUAUAAAAGCGGGCUUGUUUAGCCGGUUGGAUGGUGAAUGAGAAGGGUAAUGGCAUACAAUUCUACUUCUGAACAACAAGAAAAAGUUAAUAUCAGUACUGAAAAUAUUGCUUAUUCAUAUGUCCCCUUUAGUCAGCCAGAUAUUUUAUCGUAUUUUACCCCAUGUUUGGCCCCGGUUCCAAUCCCAAUGAUGUAUUCAAAAGACAAGGUAAGUCUUUAUUUUUAUAUUAAUCAAAGUUUAAGAAGGACAUCUCCCCUCUUCCAAAAAGAACUGGUCAUCCUUAUCAGAGUCGGCAGCAGCCAUCCCACAAGAAACCACGCACUUCUUUUACAAAAUCACAAGUCCAAAUCCUUGAAAACCGUUUCAAAGAUCAGAAAUAUCUGGCCUCAAUGGAGAGAUCUAUCUUGGCCGCCCAAUUAGAUAUGUCUGAUGCACAAGUUAAAACUUGGUUUCAAAAUAGAAGAACGAAAUGGAGGUAAAGACCAUCUAAAGUAAUUUAAUUUUAGUUGAAACUUUAGGCGUCAAGAAGCCGAAGCUCGAGAUAACGAAGUCCGAAAUGUGGUCCGUUUAGUCACCUCUUACCGUAAUCAACUAGUCGAUAUGAGCCAACAUUAA